CUUUAAGAACUAAAAGAGCGGGAGAAACGAACCGAAGAAGAAACUGCCGUAUUUUGGUGAACUGCAGCGCAACAAUGUAAACAGUUAUUAUUUAAUUAGGAUAUAAGUCGUGAAACACUUGCUAAACAUCAUGGGGAAGCGGAAGAGAAACCUGGACAUGAGGUGUGUGUUAUUCCCAGACGAUGUAAAAGACACUUUCAAAAAGGCAGGAAAGGCAUCGGCCAGAACAUCCACACCUGCCACAAAGUCCUGGGAGAGAUGUGGGGACAGUUUCCUGGACACUUCUGUCAUUCAGAAGCUGCAAACUUCAGAGAAGAAGAGCAGAAACGCACGUAAAGUGGCUCUGAUGCCUGUUACUGGCAAUAGCGAUGCUGGCACAGAUGAACCAGUGCACAUUGCCUGGAGCUCCAGCGAGGAGGAAGAAUCAGACGAUGAUUGUCAUCCUCCUCCUCCUCGACUGGCACCGCGGCCGCCCAGAGCACACAAACAACAUCCUGUUGACUCUUGCAGAGGUCUGCGGAUGUUCAGCACUGGUGUAGAGACUGAUGAACUGCCUUCUAUUGAUUCAGACACUGAGAUAGAGGAGGAGGAGAAUUCAGCAUCAAAAGAACAUAUUGAGUUUCUAAACCCGGUUGCGUCGCCAACCCAGAUUUCAGACUACUCCUCUUACGACGAUAACGAUGAAGAUCCAGAAGAAACCAGAGCGGACUCAUCCUUUCUAGACGCAGCUGAGUCCAGCAGGCAGUCGGUCAGCGAGUGGAUUCGAUCUGCUCAGGCGAUUCUUCAGACACCUCAGAAACAAUCCCCUAAGAGCAUCAAGACCCCAGAGGACUCCAGUAAAAAGAGGAGGAGGUUUGAAAGGGGAGGUUUUGCUGAAAGGCUGAACCGACUCCACAGCAGACAAAAAUCAGCCAUCAGCUUUUGGAGACAUCAGUGCAACUCGACCACAUCAGCUGCUGAGAGGUCAGGGGUUUUGGUGCUGAGGAUUCUGGGAGUUCUGGAGGAAUGUGGCAUGCAGGCGGCUGUAUGCAACAGGCUGCCGGAAGGAGAAAAGUGUGUGGCUCUUUUCAGCAAGGACACGGCCGCCCAGUUACAGCCUGCGCCCGGAAACAUUGUCCACAUCUACCCACCAUGGCAGAAUCUGGUUGUGGAGGGUGAACGUUAUCCCAUAAUUCUCAACACCCACUUCAGUCAGAAAGUCUGCGAAGAGACUAAGCCGGAUAACGCGGGCGGUCCGAGAGCCGCGGUAUCUGUGGAGAAAUGCAGACCUCCGCCGUUAACCAGGAGCCUGUGGCGGUCAGGGACGAGCCAAGUGUCAGCCGAGACAUCCAUUCCCUGUAAACAGGUCGGUGAGUUGAACAGAAGCGUAGUGCGGAAGUCUCUGCUGGAUGCAGUGGAGGAUUGUGGGGCGUCCGGCUCUCAGAGCGGUCCUGUUGAAGUGGUUGUUCAGAGGGUCUACUGCAUACCCAUCGCCAAGUCCCUACACAGAGAUUCUCUCAGCACAGAGCACUCUAUAAACCUCCACCAGAAUCUGCACCACCUCAGCACAUCGGCAGGUACUGGACCUUUCAUAACACAGUUACUUGGAGGGAAAAAAGAAAAUGUCUGGUACAUUGUUGCAGCUUACAAGUAUGGAGGUGGUAUUUUAUACUAUUGA